GGCCCCAGUGAAACGCGCAUAACAUCCGGGUUGCGUAGUCUCGGCGGAAACGCGUGCAAGAACAUCACCAUCAUCUAUACCACCAUCAUCGCAGCAACCAUCGCCGACUAGCAGGCGAAAAUUUUGUGCAACCACAGGCUCGCAGUGCGUACUGAUCCUUUCUUGAGCUGACUCGAAAACCCCGUGUCCAUCUUCGGCGCUGCGGUACUUGAACAAGCGAACAGAGCGAACGUGAAUUAGGGGUUGAAAUAGGAAGUUCUACGCAAAAUGGCUGACCAGCAAACAGCAAGUGCCGUCGAACAGCAGCAGGCGCCGGCUCCGCAACAGCAGCAACCGGCACAACAGCAACCGCCGCAACAAAGCACCACCGGAGAUCAGCCCGUACAGCAACAGCCAGCCUCGCCUCAGGAUGCCGGCCAGAAGCCGGCUUCCGCUGGUGCCUCCCCCACUGCCGCACCCGUCCAGCCCCAGAAGGAGGUGAUUGCGACGAAGGUGACGGGAGUAGUGAAAUGGUUCAACGUCAAAAGCGGCUACGGUUUCAUCAACCGAGGGGACACACAGGAGGACGUUUUCGUACACCAGUCGGCGAUCGCACGGAACAACCCGAAGAAGGCGGUACGCUCCGUGGGCGAUGGUGAGCAGGUCGAGUUCGACGUGGUAAUCGGCGAAAAGGGCAACGAAGCGGCCAACGUGACCGGACCGCAGGGCGAAGCGGUGAAGGGCAGUCAGUACGCGGCGGAAAAGCGCCGCGGCUUCCGGCACUGGUGGCAGAAGCGCGGUCAGCGCCGACCCGGCCAAACCCGCUCGAAGGAUGACCAGCAGCUCGACGGUGGUCAGGGUGACGGUCAGCAGCAGCAGGGCGAUGGACAGAUGCAGCAGCAGCAGCAUCAUCCCCAGCAGCAGUCGGUCAAGCAGCAGCAACAGCAACAACAGCAGCCCCGCCGCUACCGUCCCCGAGGUCGCGGAGGCUACGCGUCCUACUAUUCACGCCCGGCUCCGCGCGGUCGCCGCGACAUGGUGAUGGGAGACAACGGCCCCAUGGACCAGGGCCAGAUGAUGGACGAUAAUGGUGGCAUGCGUGGCCAGGGUGGUCGUGGUGGUGGUGGACCGCGUCGCUUCUUCCGGCGCAACUAUCGCAGCGGAGGUCGCGGAGGUGGCAUGGGUGGCCCACCCGGACCGCGCCGUGGUGGUUAUCGGCCAGACUACCAGACCGACUACCAGCAGAAUGGCGGCGGUCAGGAACAGAUGCCACCACGCCGUGGCGGAGGCAUGCAGGGACGCGGCACCGGUGGCCGUGGACGAUUCCCUCGCCGAGGCCGCAACCCACAGCGCCCGCGAAACGAUGGUGGUGCUGGAGGCAACAACAACGCCGUCCAGAACACCACCACGGAGAGCUCGGCAUAAGCGCGCUCACUCGAAGAUCGGCCACUAACUGCAUCAUCACCAGCAACACCACCAGCAGCAGCUCUCGACGAACAUCAGAGACGAAUGCCCGCGACUGGAACCAUCUUUAAUCAGCGCGGGUGACACGCACCGAGCUUCGACGCUUCCCUUUUCUCCCUCUCGAAUCGCCGGAAGCCCUUAAAACCGUCGCGAUCGACCCGGAGGACGAACAUCAUCUUGGGAAGGAGGAAGUACGCACCACAGGCACAACCUCCGAUCCGUGAGUACAAUCUGUCAUCUUUCUUCCACCAUCAUGUACGAAUUCGGUUCCCAAUAUAUUGUUCCACUGCCAAGUGUUUAGCAAAACCGCGAAGAAGAUUAAUCAAGACACCAUCAUACAGAAGGCACGAUGCAAAAGAGCAAAAGGAAAAAGUUGUCUCGCCAGAUAGAUUAGAGGCACCACAAUCGCCGUCGUUGACAUCACGAACACAGAACCGCUCUAUCUUAUCGUUGUCCCUAGGCUGCUCGGUGCGUGUAUUCAGGAUAAACGAAAAAACUGAUUUGAAAUAUCGAAUAGAAAACUAGAAAGAGAAAGAGAGAAGAAGAAAGCGAGAGCAAGCGUAUCGGAGAUAGAUCACACGAGUUUCACUGAAGAAGCUAUUAAUGAUUAAUAAUAAUACACAUUGCAUUGAUAAUUACAACACUAUGAAAUGAUAUCCUUACAUGAACAAAAGAGGCAAACAACCAAUAAAAAGAAGCAUAAGAAUUGGGCAAAUGUAGCGUGGGCGACUGCUUAUUAACAAACACAUUUUCAAAGCAAGAGAUGAAGAUUUAGUCCAGUCAAUCCUGAGAUAGCAAGCGCAAACGAGGAAAAAUAACGCGCGCUUUGUCCUUUGUCGCUUUGACCAGGUUUGAUUGCAGUCAAAUUGGUAGUUCAUAACUGAAGCGCCAGAGGUUGAGGGCGAGGGCACAGCAUCGCUAUCUUUAGGAAGUAUGAAAGGAUCACUUGGAUGAUGGAAAAGUUGAAAUUUUGAGCGUACCUAAAAAGGUGAUGCGCCUACUUUGAUUACAUGAAUUCGUGUACGUUUUUUGCCGCUGCUGCUGCCGCCUAUGGGGCGUCCUCAGCGAACAUCCUUCCACCUGACGGGGACGGUCACCGAAUCGAAAGGGGCAGUGAUCAAGGAUCAAUAGUAAAAUCAACCAGUAGCGCACAGGUAUAUUGGGUAACAUCGCCGUGAACGAAAACGAGAUACGGGACCCAUUUGUUUCGAGGAAAAUGGUACACAUUAACGAGAACCAUUAACAUUCGGAGAAAGCUAGCUAGAAGAUAGUAGACAGGCUCGUUCGUGUUUGGUGUGUUUGUGUGUAUGUAUUACGAGGCCAGGUUUCCUACCCGGGCGCAGAAGGAACAUUGAAAACUCUUGGUUCCGAACCGUGUCAUCGCGGGUAACGCGAACGGGGUGUACUUUUUCAAAGCGAGAAAAACAAAUUGCUUCUACUACGCUACAACAAACAGCAGCUACCGGACAACAAAAAUACUAACUACUGCUACUUUACCAUUUGCUGCAAAAUUCUGUCCUUUUUAUUUCAUCGUGUAUGUUCGAUAGUAGAAUUAUCUUUUCCAUUAUCAAACAGAAAGUUGGGGAGAGCGAUAUUGAGUCCGUUUUGAGUAGGUUUUAAACGGUGAAGAAAAAAUUUCUUUGUAAUAGUCCAGAUGACGAUCGCAGCAUAUGUUUUUUUUGCCUUCAAGACAGACAACUACAGAACACGUUUCUGGGAACAUUUCUAAGGCAUCUUGCGUAUUUGGAUACUGUGUCGAACAUGUUGGACAGUACACACAUAAAAGACAGAUGCAAAUGCUAACCAUUUGGUUUGGUUUGGAGACGGGAAGACAAAAGCAUACUUCAAUACUAGAUCACACUAAAUAUACUAAGCAUCAUCCUUGGAGGCGAAUUCAUCAAAGCAGAGGAGAUAUGUGUAUGGGCUAAGGCAGAACUUAUAACCAGAAAACAUUUGAGUAAAUAAGUGCGUUUGAGUUUUUGAGUAAUAACCGUAAAUUUUUUGAAUUUAAAUAACCUACUAGUAGACGAUGGGAUAGAAUGUGCUGAAACAAAAACAAAAGUGGGGGAAAAAAAAUCUAACCAAGCGUAGCGAGGUUGGAACGCGAGAAGCGCCAUCAGAAGGAAAAUGGCAAUGGCAAAGCAGUUAAGAGGCGCGCGCUUGUUCCAGCCUCGUGAAGGUUAACACUAGAAAUUACACUAAAUGAUAAAGAAAAGCAUAGAACAAGCGAGUGCGGUCGGGCACGAGAGCACCAAAAUGGCUCCGAGUUUUUGUGUCCGCAAUUACGGUAGUUGAUUUAGAAUGCAGCCAAGCGCUAGUAAGGUCUAGUAGAGUACGGAAGAAAACACUCCAAGAAUCAGUGCUGCGAAAGGAAUGGCAACAGUGAAGCGAACAGAUAGAUAGGCCAAUAGAAGUGUACCAAAAUGUCCCACCAUCAAGUGCUGGCUGGUGAAAAAAGGUGCUAGAAAAUCUACUAUUCCACCACGUGAACCGCGUUUGAAAAGAGACGAUCGUAUCGGAUCGGCGAGAAGGUGUACGUCGCUGUCUCUCUGCACACGACCUCACGUGUCUUCUCGGUGGCCAUUUUUCUAUCUUGACGCCUACGAUUGGAGCAUUCGAUUGAGCCUAUCGCUGGGGCGUACUAGGAAGGCACGCUCCUGUUGUCUUUUCCUUUCGCUUGGGCUGGCUGGCGUAGGUGUUGCGAGUGUCGGGUUUUUUUUUUCAGAUUUUCCGGACGUUUAUCCGACCUAGCCGCCUUACGUUUUCUUUCCAUACCGUUUUUAAUUCUUUUUUUAUGCUGCUCAUCCACACCACGACCGUUUGUGCGCGCGUCAGUUUAUGUUUUGUGUUUUUUUCUAUCUUUUAAACUUCCCCAGCUUGAAUCAUUUUACCAGCGCUACCACCACCUACCUUAGCUUAAGAUCGUACAAAUGGUCGAUUGGUUUUGUUGCUUUUUAAUGCUUUUAUUUUGCGCCCUAGAAUCGUCAGCAUGGAAUUCGAAUGGUGUGAGCCGCGUCCACGAACGGAUAGGU